UUGCGCCGCGAUCGUAGAGUGAAGCAGUUCAAGCUGCAUCUGGGCAAGAGACGUACGCAAAGUGCCUCGGAAGAUCUGGACAUCGGUCCCACACCUCUUGCAGCCACGAAGCCGGAUUACAAGCGGAGGUUUCAUCCAGUGACUUCCACCCUUUUCAUUCUCAGCUGCGGAUUGACGGCUUUCUUCGCGGUGUCGAUCGCGACUUUGAAGCUUUCCACGUUUCUUCGGGCAUACCUCACAUCCGAAGCGAGGAUUUGA